AAGGGACGAAAGAGAUGUUAACGGACGUAUUUUUCUAAGCUUUAUAAGUUAUUUUAGAAAUCGCCCGAGUUAUCCGUUUCCUCUCAACUGUGUCAAAAUGCAACCGGACCUGGAGAAAUGUCCGAGGAGAUUACUAGUCUGUGAAAAAUCCAACUUCUUGAAUGAAGCAUCACGUCAUGAAGCGCACGUGUCUAAACACAGCUUCAACUAUAAGCUGUCUUUACUGAUACCAGAAUGUGGAGUGCUACCUGCUGAGAUAGCAAAAGUUCUCAAUAAUUUCAGUUCAUAUUACCUUGUUCGAGAUCUGCCAGUUUACAGAUUACUGGAAGAGGACAUGCUUGAAAUGAUAAAGAAAGGCACUUUUUAUGCACUCUCCUACAAAACCCGGCUUGAUGAGGACAAUGUGUUUGCGCUUUUCAGCAAAAAGUUGAUAUUGUCUCUUGAUAAGGACACAUAUGAGCAGCUUGGCUUGGAGGGAAAACCGUCGCUAUACAAUCACAGAAAGCCUAUGAGAUAUGUUGUAACUGUGGAUCUCGCUGAUAAAUCAUUGGCUCCUGGUGCAAAGCGGUACAAGCAAGUUCUUCUUUGUUUGAAAGAAAGAGUGCCACUGAAAAGCGACUUUCUAUUAACAGAUAGCCAUUCAGAUCGAGAUGGACAUCUGAAAGUUCUUCUGUCUCAGUACACAUAUGAGAACUGUAGGCCUACUCUUAGUACCCACAAUUUGAGAAAUCUAUUGUGCCCAUCACUUCAGUCCUCAGAUCUUCAGGGAAAGAAAUGUUCAUGCACCCCAGAGCACUUCCUAGAAUGGCUGGGGGCAGUAAACCUAAAUAUCAGUUGUGAAAACUCAGCCACAAGUUUCCUGUCCACAUAUGCAUGUCCAGAGCCAUGCAGUUUGGUUAACCAGGCCCUGCUUUGUACAGUCACUGGACUCAUCCCUCCUGAAGACAUCUUCACACUACUACAAGAGCUGAGAAGGUAUUUUGAUGCCCCAAAGUUUGCACUUUGGGCCUCCCUCACUGUCCAUGGCUUUGUGGAUAGUCCUGUGUGCUGGGGAACAACAGAACAUGGAUUUCUCAAGGGUGGAGAAAACUUGUACAACUUUGUUUGCUUCAAGAACCAAGAUUAUUGGUUGCACAUGGCUACUGGUGCACAUGAUGGCUGUCCACCUUGAUGAACAAUGACUGGAUUAGAGAAAGAUGUUAUGUUUUCACUUAGCUACUUAACAUUUGUAAUGUGAAAAUUGUUCACAAGAGAU